UCAAACUUUAGUUCACCAUAUGGUGAUUUUUUACUAGUUUGCUUUUCUUCUUAUUUUCUUCCCAUUCCAAACAAAGCCCUAAAGUCCCUGUCUGUCUAAAUACCCCUUCUCCGCCUUUAUAAAUACCAUAUGCUGAGACCUUAACUAACGACGUAUCUCAAGACACAAAGCCUGCACUCUGAACUACCAUCUUGCAUAAAACCACAGACUGAUGGCUAGUUCACUUGCGGUGAGGUUGCUUAGCUUAUUGAUAGUGUGCCUAGCACUUUGUUCUCCCAAGGCCAACGCAGUGACAUGCAACCAGGUGAUGAACGACCUGACACCAUGUGUUUCCUACAUAAUCAAUGGCGGCACCGUGCCGGGGCAAUGCUGCAAUGGAGUCAAGACCCUUUUUGGCCAGGCUCAGACCACGCCUGACCGCCAAACUGUUUGCAGCUGCAUCAAGAAUGCUAUUAGGAAUAUCCCUUACAAUAACAACAAUCUUAACCUCGCAGCCAGUCUUCCUAGGAAAUGUGGGAUAAACAUUCCCUACCAGAUCAGCCCCAAUAUUGACUGUAGCAGAGUGCAGUGAGGUUGACGGAGGAGUUACUCAGGGAUGUAGUUGGAUGCGCGCGAAUAAGUGGUUACAAACCACAUGAAAAAUCAUUAGAGAAAUUGCUUCUUUGAAGCAUGAUCUACUAGUCUUACUUGUAUCUCUGGGCAGUAGUAAUGCUCGUGCUGCUUCUGUGUGCUCCUAUGCUCUAGGCAUAGAGUAAUGCAAUGUACAAGCAGUUGUUUUCUUAAUGAUAUGCAGUUUGUGUUGGCAA